AUGGCGACAUGGGUGAAAUGUUGUUUCGAGCGAGGUCGUUUGGGACAACGGCAUCGGAAAGGGACCAGGCAGCUAGACGAGCGUUAUGGUGAUAUGGACAUCAGUGGCCCUAUGGAUGGAGGAUGGAACCAGCUUCCCUCGUUCCCAUCUGAGAAACGCUCGACCUCCGUGCCGGUAUCACGAAGCGGCACAAGACGUCAGAGACAAGGUGUUGGACACGUUCAAUUCAGAGCACACACGGGGGCCCAACCCUUCGUAUGCAUCAGCGAGUCGGUCUAUGACACUCCAGCAAGGCCAUCCCACGAGAAGCCGCCAGAUUUUGUCUACAAACCUGCCAGUGAGGCAUUCUUUAAAGAUAUGGCAAAAAUCGGCAGACCGAAAUAUUCAGCACCCCCCUCCACAAUCACAGAGAAACAUCGGCGGCAAACCUCAAUGCGAAGUGCAAGUUCUCUCGACCCGAGUUCGGCUGGAGAGAUACCUUGCCAUCCCUCUUACCAGAGGAACAUACGCACAUCAUCGCCACACGGCAGCUCUUGCUCUGGCUAUCACAGGAGCCCCCCGCUGCCUGCACAAUGCAGUCGAGCGAACAGCCCCGCGCUGUCGACGCGAUCAAACGAGAUUACGGACGAGGACGUAGAAAAGCGAGUCCUAACUACAAUACCAUUGAGCACCAAAAAGAAGCAGAAGAAGUCACGGCGAGCCGUUACAGAAGAAUUGGUGCCAUCUACGAUGGAACUUUUCGGAUGA